GUCGUACGUCAGGAGCCUCGCGGUGGUCUCGCAGCAUGGGUGUUCCAUUAGAUCCAGAGUUUUUGAAUUUUCUAACGAGUCACAGGACGCAACUCGAAACAAGUGGCGUGCCAGAGCAUUUCUGGUCAGCUCUCUACCGGAAAUUGUGUUCGGAGACUUUUGACUCCGGUGGAACCUUCUCCUUCGCUCGCUUGCAGGACGAUGAGGGCGAAGAAAGCGAGCUUGUUGUCGUAUUGUCGAAACCGAAUGGACUCAGAGCGACCGAUCCCGAAGGAAUCUAUCUGUGUGAUCACGCUUGGACUUUCAGACCGGAUGCGGCGAAAACCAUUCUUGAGUGCAAUGGAGCUCUCAGGGAGAGACUGGCUGCGCUGAUGGACCUAGCAUCUUCGGAUGUUGACGAAGUUUUGCCGAGAAUUUGGCGUUACGCACAAACGUAUUCUCUGGGGUUGACCGAAAUCGAAGACAGUCUACCAGUCUGGUAUAUCGUGGAUGAGCUCGGGUCGAGAAUAUCUCAUUCCAGGAGCCCGAAUUUCCGUUUAGUGCCUCUUUAUCAUCACAAAAAUAAACAAACCUACUCCUUGUUGUUCCCUAUCGAAGACAUCGAGGAAAAUAGCGUGGUCACACGGAACUAUAUCGAGGGACCGCCAACCGACGAAGAGACCGCGAGGGCCCUUUUGUUACCCUGGUACGAUUUCGACUUCCGACACAUAGACUUCCAUCAGGAGGAGCCCGAUGAAGAGUUUUUCCAGGGAGGCAGACAUUUGGAAACGAUGCCCGGAUAUAAGGAUGGAGGCGACGGCGAAGGUCCAGCGAUGAGCUUCGUCAGAGAUCGCCGUCUGAAGGUAUUCACCGACUACAGGGUCCUUCAGGAAAACCUCACACGGGACGGUCGUUAUGAGGUCACCACGAAUUUCGACGAGGCUGAUAUCGUUUGGCUCAACACACAUUUCAAGGACUUCGCGGAAUUCCAGGGGGAAUGUCCCGAAAAGAUGAUCAAUCAGUUUCCUUUCGAGCACAUCCUCACCGUUAAAGAUCUCUUCGCAGUUGUCAGUCGACGGGGAGCACCGAAAGCGGAUGAUCUGACAACCUAUCCGCAAUGGAUUGCCACGACUUUCAAUCUGAGAACCGAGCUGCCGAAAUUCGUCUCGUACUUUCAGCGGCGCGCGGAUGCGAAUCUCGACAACCAUUGGAUAGUCAAACCCUUCAAUCUGGCGAGAUCUCUCGACACUUACAUAUCGGAGAACGUCGAGUUCAUAACCCGGGUCGCGACGACGGGCCCGAAGAUCGUGUGUAAAUACAUAGUCGAUCCAGUUCUUUUCAAUCGAGCAGGAGUAGGAAAAGUCAAGUUCGAUAUCCGGUAUUGCGUCUUGCUCAGAAGCGUGCGGCCGCUGAAGCUGUGGGUACACAAGAAGUUCUACCUUCGCUUCGCCAAUAAACCUUUCUCGCUCGAUGACUUCCACGUCUACGAGAAACAUUUCACUGUGAUGAACUACGCCGACGACAUCACGAUGGAAAAUAUGCUUUGUGACGAGUUCGUUCAAGAGUUUGAGCAACAGAAUGAUGUCCGAUGGGAGAAUGUGGAAGGAAAAAUUUUCGCCGCCCUCCGAGAACUGUUUCAGAACGCUGUAAAGAUGGCCCCGCCACGGGGAAUCGGCGACAGUCCCCAGUCGCGAUCCAUGUACGCAGUCGACCUCAUGCUGGAGUGGGACGAUGGAGGCAUCCAGCCGAAACUGCUCGAAUUGAAUUGGGCUCCUGAUUGCAAGAGAGCGUGCGAAUUCUACCCGACAUUCUUCGCGGACGUCUUCGACGCCCUGUUCAAAGAUGAUCUGUCGUCCGGCAACAUCCUUGAACUUCUGUGAAAUGAUAUCAUGCGAGCCUAUUUCGAGAAUCGCGACUCGAAUGAAC